GGGGCUCGGACCCGGGCGGCGGCAUGCGGCGCGUGUAGCAGCAGCGCCCCCCGGCGGCGGCGAGCGGCCGUCCCCGCGCAGCGCCCUCCCGCGGGGGCACCGGAGCGCGGGCGGAGGGCCCGGGGGCGCGGCCUCGGCGGCGGCGCGGCGACAAGGACAGCGGCGGCGGGAUGGCGCGCCCGCGGCCCCGCGAGUACAAGGCGGGCGACCUGGUCUUCGCCAAGAUGAAGGGCUACCCGCACUGGCCGGCCCGGAUUGAUGAACUCCCAGAGGGAGCUGUGAAGCCUCCAGCAAACAAGUAUCCUAUCUUCUUUUUUGGCACCCAUGAAACCGCGUUCCUAGGCCCCAAAGACCUCUUCCCCUACAAGGAAUACAAAGACAAGUUUGGAAAGUCCAACAAACGGAAAGGCUUCAACGAAGGGUUGUGGGAGAUAGAAAAUCACCCCGGAGUGAAGUUUACUGGAUACCAGGCAAUUCAACAACAGAGCUCUUCAGAAACAGAAGGAGAAGGUGGAAAUACUGCCGAUGCCAGCAGUGAGGAAGAAGGGGAUCGAGUAGAGGAAGAUGGAAAAGGCAAAAGAAAGAAUGAAAAAGCAGGCUCCAAACGGAAAAAGUCAUACACUUCAAAGAAAUCCUCUAAACAGACCCGGAAAUCUCCAGGAGAUGAAGAUGACAAGGACUGCAAAGAGGAGGAGAACAAAAGCAGCUCUGAGGGCGGGGACACCGGCAAUGACACGAGGAACACAACUUCAGACCUGCAGAAGACCAGUGAAGGGACCUAACACCAUCAAUGCUGCUCGUGGAGAGAGCCACAAGGAGGUUACCGCGGCUGUCACAUGUCCUUGGACCAUAGGAGCCAACAGCUAGUCGUCCUGUCCCUGACAGACCCCAGUUUGUAUGUACAUUAUUCACAUUCCUCUCUGUUGUGUUUGGGGGAAGAGAGACAUUUUAGCCUUUUUUAAAGUUAUUGAUUUAAUUUCAUGUUAUUUGGUUGCAUGACGUUCCCGUAACCUCUAAGGAUUGUCAAGACUUUUGCACAAACUUAUACACAUCUAGGAUCCUUUUGACCAGGGCAGUCACAGUCACCAUCCUCCUGCCUUUACGCUUCCAUCACCAAGCACUCAGUUUAAUAUAAAUCUGCAUUUUUAACGACCACUCAACAGAGUCCCUCUCUGUGACAGAGCCCAGGAACCAAUUCCUAGAUACAUAAUGUUGGCAUAUAGAAGAUGGCAUUAAAAUCGUCUUUGUUUUGCGGCCAUGUGUGAAGUUUGACCAUGUUGUAAAAUACCUAUUCCAUAUUAGAAAUAGCUAGUUGAUAGCUUAUACUUCUCAAAGCUCAUGUUGUUACGUACACACACUCAGUUUCUAUCUGUGGAGUCAGUGAGUCUUUUUGUGUUACCCCUGAAUAAAGGCAAGGAUUUAUUUUUCACUCAAGGUGGAUACAUUACAUCUGAAAGCUGGAAUCAGCAGUGACCCUCUGGGAAACCAGACAAGGCAUCAAGUUAAAUACAGACUUUAAAUGAAGUCUUGUUUUCCUUUGGAACUAGAAUUAGAAUAGUUAAGGUUCACCCACAAAACAUUACUAUGUGUACAUUACUGUUGCUGUUGUGACAAUAGAGAUUUUAUUUAUUUUUAUGCCAGCUUAUAUUGUGAGAACACAGUCCAUUUGGGUUUUAUCAAUCCUACUGUGCUUGUCCUUGGAACAUCUUUCGCGUAUUCGAGGUUUGUAGUUGAAAAGUUUACUGUAAAAAAAAAAAAAAAUCAAAAACAAACAAACAAAAAAAAGCCUGUAUUGUUUUUACAGAAUAAAUUUAUUGGAAUGUG